AUGAUGGGGCACAUGCAGAGGAUUGGUACGCCGUACUUUGAGGGCGGAGUUAGCCAGAGGCGGCAGAUGAGUGGCGUCAGAGAUUGGAGCGGAAUUUCCAGUCUAUCAGAUGUCUGGUUUAGUACAGUGGGCGGUUUUGAGUCCCACGUUUUAUUCGACUCUGGAGCAUCGAAUUGCUUCAUUACACCGGAGCGUGCCGAGAAGAGUGGCAUCCGGAGUAGCGCGGGCGAGAGCGCGGGCAUGGUCAAGGUGGCGGGAGGUGGAUUCUUGUCUACUUUGGGCCGUGCUAGAGGAGUCGAGAUCGAGAUUGCGGGGCAGUCAAUGCCAGCAGACUUAGUCAUCAGUCCGGUGGAGCUGUAUGACGUUAUUCUCGGGAUGGACUGGUUGUCACACUACAGAGUUCAUCUGGAUUGCUACAGAGGUAGAGUGGUCUUCGAGCGAGAUGCAGGGAGGUUGGUUUAUCAGGGAGUGAGACCGACUUCCGGGAGUAUUGUGAUAUCUGCUAUUCAGGUUGUGCGGGGCUGUGAGGCGUAUCUGGCGACGAUUUCUAUGUCUGAGUCAGGAGCUGGAGUUGUUAUGGGAGAUAUUGAGGUUGUCCAGGAUUUUGAGGAUGUCUUUCAGUCACUGAAGGGAUUACCACCAUCUCGGUCUGAUCCUUUCACGAUUGAGUUAGAGCCGGGGACAGCACCGAUAUCGAAGACGCCUUACAGGAUGGCGCCAGCUGAGUUGGCAGAGCUGAAGAAGCAGAUAGAGGACCUUUUGUCUAAGGGGUUCAUUCGACCAUUGAGGGGUGCUACUUGGUUCUCCAAGAUUGACUUGGCAUCGGGGUAUCAUCAGAUCCCGAUAGAUGAGGCAGAUGUCAGGAAGACUGCUUUCAGGACGCGUUAUGGGCAUUUUGAGUUUGUGGUUAUGCCUUUCGGUUUGACUAACGCGCCGGCAGCCUUCAUGAGAUUGAUGAACGACGUGUUCAGGGAGUAUUUGGACGUGUUCGUCAUCAUUUUCAUUGAUGAUAUUCUGGUAUACUCGAGGAGUCAGGAGGAGCAUGCGACUCACUUGAGGUUGGUUCUGGAGAAAGCUUCGGGAGCAGAAGCUUUUUGCUAA